AUGGCAACGGAGCUUGAAGAGCUUGAACUCUCUAAGUUGCCGUCGCGGCUGUCUGGUUGGGCAACGUCUCCUGAAGAUUUUAAAUCGGACCCAGACGAAAGUUCACGUCCUGAAUCAAGCCAUAUUCUACCCAACGUUCCUUCGGACAAGGACGAAUUCUACCCUUCUGGUGCAUGGCGUGCUUGGUCUACAGGUUUCCUGGGAGCAUGGCUCAUACAAUUCUGCAUUUCGGGCUAUAUGUCCGCCUUCGGAGUGAUGCAGUCAUAUUACUCGCGAGGAUUUCUAGACAACGAGCCUGCAUCUUCUAUUAGUUGGAUAGGCGGUUUGCAGCUAUUUCUAGACCUUGCGCUAGGGGCUCUCGGCGGUCACCUUGUGGACCGAGGGUACUUUAGACAUGUCGUGAUAGCGGGAAGCACCUUGUUCAAUCUAUCGGCAUUUCACGUCCAGCCACAUCAUUAUUAUCAAGUCUUCCUGACUCAAGGGCUCGGAAUGGGCGCCGGGAUUGGUCUCAUCUUCCUGCCCACCUCUGCCAUCGUGUCUAAGCAUUUUAAAACGUACAGAGCGUUUGCAAUGGUGGGCCUGGUUGCAUCGGGCGGUUCACUCGGUGGAUUCGCUUUUUCCAUUGCAUUAAAUAACCUCUUGGAGAGCUCUCUUGGAUUCGGCUGGUCUAUCCGAGUGACCGCGUUCAUUACAACGGCACUUGUGCUGCUUGGGAAUUUACUUAUAUCGGAACCCAAGCCACAGUCGCCCUCAGCUGGUCUGCUAGAAGAUGUUCAAGAGAGUGGCGAUGCUCUUAGACAGAUACCUAUGUGUUCAGCAUCGUUCUGGGACAAAAACUACCUCUUUCUGCUUGCGGUGGGAGCGUUCACUGGUCUUGGGAUAUGGUUUCCCUCGUACUACGUGCAGUCAUAUGCACUGCAGCAUAACGUCAACACGCGUCUGGCUUUUUAUGCUGUAGCUCUGAUGAACCUCGCCAGCGGAAUUGGUCGGAUUUUACCCAACUGGCUAGGGGACAGGUGGGGAGUGUUGGAUGUUUAUGCGCCUUGUCUGUUCUGUGCCGGUGCGAUCGAAUUCGCGAUGUUAGGAUGUUCGACUUCAUAUGGGCUUGUCCUUUUUGCGUUGUUAGCUACGGAUUUUUCUUCGGAACAUGUGCCUCUAUCUUUGUAUCUUCCCGUAGUAGCAUCACUGAGCAAAGAUGGUGGCGAUGUCGGCAAGCGCCUGGGAAUCGCACUGUUUCCGCUAGGAAUUGGCUCACUAAUCGGAACCCCCAUUAACGGAGCUCUUGUUGGGAACAACUACGCUUGGUGGAAAGGAGUUACAUUUGCAUCGACGACGCAUGCCCUUUCAGGCAAACAGCGUGGCUCAGCGGCAAUCAGAAUUCUCACAGAUCGAGGUGGAAGCUCUCCGCGCUCCGUGUCAUCCUCUUCGUCCUCCACCACCAUGAACACGUUCGUGACUGCAGCAGUCGGGGUAACUCAGCUGGCCGGAAACUUGAGUGGGGUUCCGUACCUUGGCGCUGCGGCGUCGGUGGUUGGAGCAAUUCAGAAUUACUGUCAACAAGUCGCCACACACAAGCGCGGGUGCAAGCUACUGGCCAACAAAGUUGCUCAGAUCCUGCCUCUACUUGAGGGACAGCCCAUACUGGAGUCCCCUGGGCUGCGCGAGGCAGCGGACGAGAUGGAAUUGUACGCCAUGGCGCCCGUGGUUCUCAUCCAAAGCUCAUCGUUCAACAGGGUACUAUCUGCAAUUCAUGAUCGUGUGAGGAAAUGGUCACAAUAUGGUCGGCUCGCAGCAUGGAUAAAUGAUCAACAGAUCAGCGACGGACUCUCUAAAUCUAUCUAUGACCUUGAAACCAUAAUGACCAAAUUCAAUAUGCGCGCGCAAAUACAUUUGAACAACGCUCAGGUUCAAUUCAAACAAUUGAUAGAAUAUCACCAAGAGGAAUGGCGCUCUGCGAGAUUGCAAGACGUUCAGGAGAGAAAGGAGGUCACCUCGCAGAUUCUACGGAACCAGCAAGAUGUACACAUGGUCGCAGAGUUAUACAAGAGCGGACAGCCUGCCGCACAGCGCCUCAUGGAGGCCGGCCAACAGCAGCUUCUUGCCGACAGUUCUGACCAAAACGAAAUGGGAGAUCAAGAACGCGAUUUGUGUCGACAAGGACUAGUCGAAUUGCACCAACUCACAGGAAUUCCUCCCUCAAUCAAACGCUUGGAUGGGGAGGUUGUUCAAGUAGGCUUCAUGCCCGUCGCCAAAGGUGGUCAUAGUCAUGUGUGGAAAGGGCUUUGGCUGGGGAAGAAGCCGGUUGCUCUGAAAGUCUUGCAAGGAGUAGCAGUGUCCGAGCGGGCGGAAAACCGCUUCAAGAACGAGAUCAAAAUCUGGGACAAAUUACACCAUGUUAAUGUCCAGCCGCUGUAUGGUAUUCUCCUGAAUUUGGGCCCAUACAUAUACACAGUAUCCCCAUGGCAAGACAAUGGAAACAUUUUGGACUUUAUGAAGGUAAAUCCUACGGCAGACAGACUUCGACUAUUACUCGGCGCAGCUAAAGGAGUCGCUUAUCUACAUGACGAGCUAAUUGUUCACGGCAACGUGAGAUGUGCAAACAUCCUGGUUACUGCUGAGAGGGAAGCUUGCAUUUGUGACUUUGGAAUGUCCAAACUCAUUGGGGAUGUCACUGAGACGCCGGCAUCUGCAACUUUGACGUCGGCUGGCUCAACCCGGUGGAUAGCCCCAGAACUCAUUUUCGACGCUGACUUGGCCUCGCCAACUCUAGGCUGCGAUAUCUGGUCGUAUGGUAUGACUAUGUUGGAGUGUUUUACCAUGCGUCCGCCAUGGGGAGAUGUAAAGCGCGAAGCUCACGUCAUAACAAUAAUGGAGAAGCGAAGCAAGCAUCCCACAAGGCCUGAAGGCCACACGAUGCCUACGGACGAUGUAUGGGCGGUGAUGGUGGCUUGUUGGGGAUGGGAACCUCACGACCGCAUGGCUAUGGGCGAGGUAGCUUCUCGUUUGCAACUCUGCGUGAAUCGGGUUGGGUGA